AUGGAUUAUAAACCAUGUGGCAAGAGUGGGAAGAGUGAGGAUGAGAUGGUGUCGCUGCAGAAGAACGCAACACACUGGUGCGGCGCCACCAUCUUGAACCAAGACUGGGCACUCACUGCAGCUCACUGUGUCGAAGUCAGCGAGGACACGUACGAGGUGCUAGCUGGUACCAACAGCGUCACCGAAGGGGGUACCAGACACACAGUGACAGACAUCAGUUCUCACGAGGGAUACAACGCCAGUGAUUCCUGGGUCAACGACAUUGCCGUAUUGAAGGUAUCUCCAGCUUUUCCAAUUGAUGGCGUCACGGUGGCGCCAAUUCAGCUCCCGGAGCAGGGAGAGGAGGUUCCAGACAGCGCCACCGCCACGGUCGUCGGGUGGGGAAAACUGUGGUACUUUGGACCGUAUCCAGAUGGCCUGCUCAAAGUGGAUGUACGAACUUGGGCGCAAUGGCUGUGCGAGUCUGUGUACGCUGACAUCAACUACAGCAUCUACCCUACACAGAUCUGUGCAAUUCUUUUCGAGGACAGGAAGUACUACGACGCCUGCAGUGGUGAUGGAGGGGGUCCGCUGCUCUACGAAGGAAAGGUUGUGGGGCUGGUGUCUUGGGGACACUACUGUGGCGAGCCUCCCUACCCCUCAGUCUACACACGUGUCUCCAGCUAUGUGGACUGGAUAACUGAGAGGACAAAUGGCUCACAGCUGUAUCACUAG